CUCAGCUGUAUGAUACUUGAGACUGUGGGGUCAAUAUAUCAUGUUGUAUGUGAGGUAAAAGAGUUGGAUGUGGGUGGGUGUUCAGCGAGGGACCCUUGCUGGAUUCUCUGGGUGAAACGAAGGCAGAACAAGAGGGAGACUUUCGCUGGUGACCAUCGAUGGAGCAGAGCAUCAGGUCCAGAAGCAGCAGAGUGAUAGACCAUGUUUUUUUAAGGGAACGGUCAACUCAACAGGAGACACUCCGCCGGUGAUUCACCUCCCCCAAAGCCAAGAUGUUGAUGAUAGUAGCACUCACCCAACACGAUAACCACCAGUCAACCUCCUCUCAAAACUCGACACUCAAACCAUUCCAACUCACCUUCACUCAAGGCUUCAUCGUCGGCCAACUGUCAUUUUUAGUACUCGUUAUUUGUUUCGUAAGGUAUGUCGUCUUUGAAGAUCCCAAGUCUUCACAGAAUAAGAAACCAAUGGGAUCACAACGGAAAGCGUAUAACCACAACCCCACCGUUCGGCGUACUAGCAAACAAUCCAGAAAGCUCUCUUUCCAUGACAAGUCACACGGAACCGCCGAGUCGGAGCUCCUAUCCAAACUGCCAUAUGACCUAUCCAGUCAUCCACCCGAAACGACAGACUGGCUGAACGUCCUGCUUGCACAAGCUAUCAUCGCCUAUCGUAGUCUCGUUCACGGCUUAGACGACGAUCCGACGAUGCCAAAAGGGAAUAAAGCAAAGGAAAUGGUCGAGGAAGCUAUGAAUUUUGCCCGUGGGGAAAGUCCGGGAAUUAUCAGUGUCGAUUAUAUCACCGUCACUGAAGUCGAAUUCGGAAAGGAGUAUCCAGUCUGUACAAAUGCAAGAGUUAGACCAGCAGAUGAAACCGGAAGAAUGAGGAUCGAAAUCGACAUCGAUUAUUCUGAUCGAGUCACAUUAGCGAUCGAAACCAAAGUCGUCGUCAAUUUCCCGACCGCUCGAUUUGCGGUGUUGCCCAUUUCAUUAGGCUUAACCCUCAAUCAACUAUCUGCUACCAUUAUGGCUGAGAUUCCACCGAUCGCGAUCCCAUUACCGAUGAAUGACGAUCCAUCAGCACCAUCGCCGGCGAUUUUGAUGUCACUGGAUCCAGACUUUACUUUAUCGAUGACAACCACCUCAUUGUUAGGUUCACGAGCGAAACUACAGGAUAUACCGAAGAUUGAACAGCUGAUCUUGGGAAGAUUGAGAGGAUGGAUUGUCGACAACCUAGUAUGGCCGAAGGUGAGGGUGUUGAAACUACCGGGACUUGGGAACAAAGGUUCGGUGGAAGAUGCGGCAGAUGGGGAGGGCGAAUACGUUUGGGUCGAAGGGACCACCAAGGAGAAGAAUUCGACCAGCAAAGAGUCAAAACCAAAGAGUAUCAUUCGUGAAGCCGAUGAAGAUGAAGGGCCCAGUUCGAGUGCCACAAGCUGCGAACCCCCACGCGGCUUGAGCCAUUCUACUCUUGGCUUGUCUGCUGGGAUUCCCCUCAAUCCCAAAUACCAUCGGAGCACCGCGUCUGGUUCUUCUUCCAGGGCCGCCAACAUCCCACUCUUAUCGCCCUCCGAAUUGACCGAACUGGCCAGCCGGCAGCGGCAUCCAUCAACGAGAACGGAUACUCGACAACAAGCUCCACCUGAUUCAGAUGGCUAUUCGAGCCACCCGAAGCCGCCUGGAGGAUUACCAAACUCGGCACGCUCGAUCGGUAGUUUUCCGGAAAGCCCACUGCCGCCGACUCUUUCGCAAGAUCAUCUCAAGAAUUCUGUUACUCACCAUGAAUGGCUCAACUACCCACGAUCCCCCGACACGCCCACCUCGGCCAGCAACCGCUUGGCAGAAGACCGAGGUCGCUGGGCCCGGGCUGGUGGCAUGAGUGGCGUCCCCCUCGGCUUGGGCGGCUCGCAAACACCGAAUCUGGGCUAUGGGAUCCGCGAACGGAUCCGCGAGGCUGAACGACUCAAGGGCCUACGCGCUAAUGAUCUUGAUGACUCGUUUACUUCCCAACGGUGACUUCUGCUAUAUCCAUCCCAUUCACCCUUCUGUUGUGUUCUAGAUCUACAUUCUUCUAUAUAGUUUCACCUUCACUUAUACACACACAUCUUUCUCUCUACUCUAGUCAUACAUUCAUGCACUAUUUUCAAUUCACCCCUCCAUCCCAAUUUCUCUCGCAAUUUACGCCCUUACACGCCUCAAUUUGUUCACAAUCAGGGUUGAUUAUAUCUGGAGAGACACUCG